UGAGUUCUGCCUUGGGCUCUCCGGGGUCCCUCUGCCCUGCAUGACGACACUUCUCCCCUCUCCUUGCAGCCCUUCGGUGAGUGGUGCAACUUGCAGCCGAAAGAUGCUGCCAAGAUGCCUGAGAGUGCCUGGAAGCUGCUUUUCUACACGUUAUCCUGGUCGUAUGGCAUCUACCUGCUCUUCUUCACUGACUACCCCUUCUUCUAUGACCCUCCGUCUGUCUUUUAUGGCUGGAAGAAGGGCAUGGACGUGCCCACGGACAUCGCCAUCGCCUACCUGUUGCAGUGCAGCUUCUACGGGCACUCCAUCUAUGCCACUGUCUACAUGGACACGUGGCGCAAGGACUCGGUCGUCAUGCUCCUCCACCACGUCGUCACGCUGACCCUCAUCGCCUUCUCCUACGCUUUCAGGUACCACAACGUGGGCAUCCUGGUGCUCUUCCUGCACGAUGUCAAUGACGUGCAGCUGGAGUUCACCAAGCUCAACGUCUACUUCAAGCACCGGGGGGGUGUCUACCAUCGCCUCAACGAUGUCAUCUCCAACGUCGGCUGCCUCACCUUCAGCGUCAGCUGGUUCUGGUUCCGCCUCUACUGGUUCCCCCUCAAGGUCCUCUACGCCACUUGCCACUCCAGCCUCCAGUCGGUGCCCAAUAUUCCCUUCUACUUCUUCUUCAACGCUCUGCUCCUUGUCCUCACCCUGAUGAACAUCUACUGGUUCCUGUACAUCGUCCUCUUUGUGGCCAAGGUGCUGAUGGGGCAGAUGCAAGAGGUGAACGACGUGCGCGAGUACGACGUGGAGGACAGCAAGAAAACCGCCGUGGCUAAGAAGAAAGAGGGUGGCCUCCAGCUGCCCAGUGCUCUGAAAGAAGGGAUGCACCUGAAGAACGGACUUGUAAAAGACAAGCGGUUGUAAGAGAAGCGUGGCUGCUGCAGCCUGGGCGGCCUGGCUGGAUCUGGGGACUGACCCAGGGCCCGACACUCAAACCCAGCAAAUGAAAGGCACAAGAAGAACUUCAUCCCCGAAACCCCUGCGUCCCCUGCCUGGAGCUGGGGAAGAGAUGCCACUGAUGGGAACAGGGCUUGCCUGUGACCGGGCUUCACCCGAUGCUGAUGUGCUUUCUGUAGCCAGUACGUGCUGGUUCAGUUGAGAGGCUGUGGCUUUGCUGGUCCAGGUAGGAUUUGGAGCUGGCUUUAGGUCUCCUGGUGUUUCCUCUGUCGCUCCAUCCCCCAGCUAUUCUCAGCCCCGCUGUGAUUUCCCAUCUUUAUUUUUGGUCCCUUCCAAUGACCCUGCCUCAGCAGCACUGCAGGGUCUUCGGACGUAGCAUCAAACUGGAGAGGGAAACAUCCUCUGCUCACUGGCACCACUGUCCCAGGCCAGGGGAGCCCAAAGCCAGCUCUGCUCCAGCUGCCAGCGGGCACUAAAGAGGGAUUUGCAGGGCACCUCUGAGCCUCGCUGACCAGGAGGGGUCCCUAACACAGAGCUGUCCAUGUUCACCUCGAGGCUGUAGCACGCAGCAGUUCCCAUGUGCAGGUCUGCCUGGAAACCCAGCCCUAGAGCGUAAUUCCAGCCUCCUGCCCUCCAGGACGA